GUGAGGAUGAAACGGUAUUCGUGGGAAUUUUCUAGUAAAUAGUUGUUUGUACCGUUGUUAAGACAAGUUUUUCAGUUAAUUCUUGAAAUAUGACAAUGAUUUGAUUAACCAUUGUUGGUUUCCCGAGACUUUUAGGCCAUUUUGAAUUAAUUCAGAAUUUUUUGUUGGUGGUUUGGGUUGAUUUAACUGGAAAACCUUGCUAUAGUAUUGAGAUGUUAAAAUGUCCAUGUUUCAGUAUACCAUAUUAGGUCGUAUUGGAGAAGGGGCCCACGGAAUCGUAUUAAAGGCAAAACAUAUUGAGAGUGGGGAAAUUGUUGCCUUAAAGAAAAUCCCACUACGUAAUCUAGAAGAUGGGAUUCCUAAUACAGCUUUACGUGAAAUCAAAGCUUUACAAGAAAUAGCUGAUAAUCCAUAUGUAGUAACAUUAAGAGAAGUAUUUCCCCAUGGUUCUAUGAUAGUUCUAGUAUUCGAUUAUAUGUUAUCUGAUUUAUCUGAGGUUAUAAGGAACUGUGAUAAACCACUGACAGAAGCCCAGAUUAAAUCAUAUAUGUUGAUGUUACUAAAGGGUGUGGCCCAUCUACAUGAAAAUCACAUCAUGCACAGAGAUUUAAAACCAGCUAAUUUAUUGAUAAGUGCUACUGGACAUCUUAAAAUCGCUGAUUUUGGUCUGGCUCGGGUUUUCCAGAAUAAAGGUGAAAGACAAUACAGUCAUCAGGUGGCAACCAGGUGGUACCGUUCUCCAGAACUUUUAUAUGGUGCCAGGAAAUACGAUGAAGGUGUAGAUUUAUGGGCUGUUGGAUGUAUUUUUGGAGAACUGUUAAAUAAUUCUCCCUUGUUUCCUGGGGAAACAGAUAUAGAACAGUUGUGUUACGUUUUACGAGUUCUUGGUACUCCAACAGAAAAAACAUGGCCGGGAAUGACUGAUCUGCCUGAUUAUCAUAAAAUAUCAUUUGAACAUAACGAACCCAUACAGUUUGAAAAGAUCGUUGUUGAUGCUUCAACUGAUGCAUUAGAUUUACUGAAGAAAUUUCUGGUGUAUCCAUCCAAACAACGUAUUGCUGCUAAAGAGGCUCUACUACAUCGAUAUUUUUUCACGGAACCUCUUCCAGCUCAUCAUUCCGAGUUACCUAUUCCACAACGUAGUCGUCGUACAGGUGUUCAACAUAAACAUCAACCAUAUGAAUAUAACAUCAAUAUCCCUCUAGAAGAUACUCUAAUAGAUCCUGAUCUUAUAUCACCAAAUGUAGCUAAUUAUAUACAAUAAUGUAGGGUUAGGUUUAAGAAUUUGGGGGGAGAGGUUAAGUCUCCACAUAAGCACUGACCUAGGAUGAUGAAAAAUUAGUUCGUGAUAUUUCCUAGUUUUAUUAAAAUACAUACAAUACAUUAGAUUUAUAUACAAAGGCGAUUUCACUGUUUAUUGGUGUUGGUGGCGCUGAUGGUCUUCCUUGGGUGGUGCUUCUGGUAUUCUGGUAUUAUUGUUUCUGAAGAGAAAAGAAAAGAAAUUUGAGGCUCUCGCGAGAGAGCCACAUUAGUGUGUUUCCUACAACGGAUUGGAUUUUCUAAAAAAAAUCGUGUUUGUUCCACAUCACCGGGUUACGGCUAGGGAUUCUUAUAUCUAAUUGAUUUUAAUUACUAGCGGUUAGGCAUAGGAUUUGAUAUAUGGUUUGUUUUGGGUCAGGGUGGAGACUGGUCUUAUUUAAUCUAAUUUACUGUGCACUAGGAUGUCGUUCAGAUUUUUAUUUUUAGAAUAUGCAAUUAUAAGUUUCUGUGUGAAUAUUUUCGGGUGAUUUUCUUGGAGAUCAGUAUAGUGUUUUCUGAUGAUUUUGGACGCACUUGCUGCUGUUGCGCUAAAUGGAACUACAAAAGGAGCUAUUGCGCUAGCCGUAUGAAUAUUCAAACCUAGGGGGGCUGUUGUUUUCAAUUUGUCAAUCCAGAAUUUUUCUCUUGUUAGCCUAAACGUUUUAAUUUCUUCUGAAGUUUCAAAGUCGCUCUUGGUCUUUUCUAUUGGCGUGACAAUGAGAUCUGAAAUGUCAUGAUUUGGUUGGUUGAAAUGAAUUGAGACAGGUUUGUCUUUUUUGGUGACUAUGUCAGACCGGUGACCGUUAAUUCUUUCCCUAAGUGCAUUUUGAGUCUCCCCUACGUAUUGCUUGUCACAUUUUCUGCAUGAGAUUAGAUAAAUUAUGUUUGAACUACUGCAUGAAAGUUGGUCUAAUAUUGGGAAUUUUGUGCCAGAUGUUUUGUUAUGGAAAUGGUCGGAUAUGUUUAAGAUUUUGCAUGUUUGACAUCUUGGAUGGCCACAAAUUUUGGUUUUAUGUGCUGAUUGUAUAUUAUUUGUUUCUUUGGCGGCAAGCUCAGCUAGAGUGUUGUUUUUUAUACGUCGUAGAUAGCGUUUGGAGUAUCCCCUUUCCCGUAGUUUGCUAAAUACCAAUGUACAUGCUGACUCAAAGUCGGUCUUCUGAGUACAUAUCCUAUGAAAACGGAGAAUCUGAGAUUUUAUGAUGCCAGAGAAUGUAUGUUUUGGGUGAAAGGAGCUUUUGAACAAUAAUUGAUGUGUGUCGGUUUCUUUGAAAAAUACUUUAGUUUCCAAUUGGCCUGUGAUUUUGGUGUUGUUACUUUUAAAAACGGUAGUAUCAAGGAAAUCUAUGCUGUUAUGGCUUACAUUUGCGGUUAAUUUGACAGAUGGAUGAUGAUUGUUCAGGAUGUUGAAAAACGUCAAAAAUUCGUCUAGUGUGUAGGUCCAGACUAUGAAAACGUCAUCUAAAAACCGCCCAUAGAAAUCUGGUUUUAAUGGACAGAGUGGCAGAACUUCCCUUUCCCACUCCGCCAUGAAGAGAUUUGCAUAACUCGGGGCAAAUCGUUUUCCCAUCGCAGUUCCGGAAGACUGAAGGUAUACUUGGUCGUUAAAAGCGAAGUCAUUCCUCCUCAGACAAAUGUUGAGUAGUUUGAGGAUUUCUUCGUCCGGCCUGGAUGCUUGCGGGUUCCUAAGAAAUGCUUUCCUAACUGCUUCAAUACCUAUGUUAUUAUCAAUGUUCGUGUACAUGCUUUGUACGUCGAUGGAUAUUAAUACGGUGUGUUCGGGGACUCUUAACUGUUUGAUUUUCUGAAUGAAAUCGUUAGUGUCUUUAAGGUAGGAUGGGUGUUGGCAUGCUAGGGGUAAUAGGAAAUGGUCUAUAUAUUGUGAUACGUUGUAUGAUUCGCUGCCACAGUCUGAUAUUAUUGGGCGUCCCUUGGGUAUUUUAUUAGGUAUAAACCAUUCUGUUUCUGGAUUUUUAUGUAUUUUUGGUAGUGUAUAGAGAUGUCUUUGUCGGCAGUCAGAUUUAGCAGAUAGAUAAUCAUAUUGUUUUGCUGUUAUGUAUUCCUUAUCCUGCAAUUCAUAUAAGAUGUUGUUUAUUAAAUUUGCGGUGUCCUUAAAGAUUGGUUGGUCUAAUUUAGUGUAAUGUAUAGGAUUACUUAAUUGUUUUUCUGCCUCUGAGAUAUAGUCUGCACGAUUCAUUAUGACACAACACGAGCCUUUGUCGCUUUUCUUAAUUAUUAUGUUUUUGUCCUUUUUAAGGGUGUUUAAUGCCGUUUUAGUUGCUCGGUUAAGAUUUGGUUUUUGUGACUGUGGUUGAAUGGAUGAUAUUUCUAUAUUCAUUUCGUCGAAAGUUUUUAGGAUGGCUGGUGAUAAUGACUUUUUAGGUGGUUUCCAUGUGGAUUUUACUGUGAAUAAUUUUUUACCUCUGCCGGGUUUGUUCCUAAAAAAAUAAGUCAACGAAAGUGUUCUUUGGAAGCGAUCGGUUGCUUGGGUGAUGGGGUCUAUGGAUGUUAUUGUGGGGGUUGGGAUGAAUUUAAGGCCUUUAUCAAGAAUGUUCAUUUCUAGGGGGUUGAGAAGUCUGUCGCUCAAAUUGACAACUGUCUGUCCUAAAGACGGCUUCUCAUUCCUUUUCCCUAAUCCUAGUUUAAAUUCCUCAUCCAGCAGUUGAUGAUCUCUCUGGCCGUGUCUGUGCUCCAGUGGAUUGCGUCGUUACCUUUCAGUUCUAUUUUGCCCUUGAAGGUUGGUAAUGUGGUGGCGUUUGGUGAAGGUGCAGUGGAGAUCAGUUGGUUGUAGCUGGUGAUGUUUGGAUGGCCGAAUGGUUAGCUUGUGUGCGUUGUAUCAUAAGGUCUGUCAUUGAGUCAACUGGCGUGGUUUCGAUUCCCCGGUUGUACGUGACACGGAGUAGGAUCGCCUGUCCAACCUGGUGGUUUUCUCCUGGUCCUCUGGUUUUGUCCCAUUGCUAAAGGCCCCAACGCGCAAGUGAAUUAUUGAAAAAAAAUUAAACCAUGUGUUAGUCUCGAAAUGACCUAGUUUGUGUCGAGGGGAGUUAAACCCCAUUGCUCUCUCUCUCUCUCUCUCUCUCUCUCUCAACCCUUUGAUAAAAAGAGAAAAGUAAGGAACAACCGUCCCUAGGUUAGAUAUGGAACUAACUCUAAUAAGGACAUUAAUAGGAAGGCAUUAUCUAACUCAUCCAGGCUUUCGUGACGUUGAUACAAAAGAGAUAACUUGUUCUUCGGAAAGCUGGAUAACUUGGACUUUGGAAAUCUGGAUAAAUCAUUCUUUGAACAGCUGGAUAAUUUGUUGUUUGAAUAGAUAGAGAACUUGAACUAGUUUCGAUUCUCUGUGGUGUAACAAAGUGCUGUUUAACUUUCAUCAAAUUGAACGGUCAUCUGGGUGCUUAGAACUUUAUGACCUUAGCUGCUUCUUGAUAAUAUAUAUAAUAUUGACAUUUUAUGACCAUGAGCUUAUCAUGUAUGACCAUGAGCUUAUCUAGGAUCAAAAGGUAUAUAACUGAAGACAACUAGAAACGAAGACAGACCGAGCAGAAGAGACGCAGAGGCCGGCGUAUGGACUCAACUAAGUUCAGCCGCUGCCUUGGCAGAAUGGCGGAUUUAAUAUUGUUUUAUGUUUUCCUGUUGUAAUUAUGUAGAUGUGUUAUAUUCAGUUCCCGUUGUAAAUAAAUGCUGUAUUUAUUAAACUGA